ACAUAAUUUAAACGAAACUUGACAGACAAAUUGUGAUGGCAUCCACGGGCUUGCUGGUAGUCUCCAACAUUAAGCACCUGGGAAAAUCCCUGCGUAGCAUUGAGAAAUAUGUCAGCUCACUGUACAUACACCUGAAUGUGGCAGGGUCAACGUCCAACUCAUCGGCUGCUGCUCCGCCCGUUUGGGGUCGUUUGAUUUCUCAGUUGUAUGCCAACAGCAGCAGUUAUGUGGGCAAUCAGAUCGAUCUUCGGGUGCUUGUGUCGCCCCUGAGACCAGGCGUUGACGGACCCCUAAAGUUGCGCAAGCCCGUGGACAUGAUUUUCUCGGAUGCCCACCAUCCGGAGCUGUGUGACAGGCUGCGGGCUGCCCUGAACAUUAGCCAGCCUACUAUCUUCCUGGAGGACAGCAGUUCAUCGGACCUGAGCCCGCAGAAGGACAGCACGGAGUCGCACAAAAUGUAUCCCUCGGUGGUGCUGGGGGGAACCUUCGAUCGCAUCCAUCUCGGCCACAAGAUAUUCCUCACGCAGGCGGUGCUGCGCACUUGCAAGCGUCUGGUGGUAGGCGUCACCACAGCCGCCAUGACAAAGUCGAAGACUUUGCCUGAUCUGAUAUUACCCGUGGAGGAGCGAAUCGCGCAGUUGCGGGAGUUCCUCACGGACAUUGACAGCACACUGCAGUACGAGAUUGUGCCCAUCGAUGACCCCUUCGGGCCGACGCAGCAUGAUCCGGACUUGGACAUGAUCGUGGUCAGCGCCGAGACUCUGCGCGGCGGUCAAAAGGUCAACGAACUACGCUCCGGCAAGCAGCUCCGUGAGCUGGACAUCUUUGUCAUUGACAUCGUGGAGAGCAAUGUCCACGAUGGCAUUCACGAAACGAAGAUCAGCUCCAGCAAUACGCGCAUCGAUCUGCUGGGCUCGCGCUGGCGAAAGCCAGAACCACGCCCUCAGCUGCCUGCUCGGCCGUACAUCAUCGGCCUGAGCGGAGGCAUCGCCUCUGGCAAGAGCAAGAUGGCCGAAAGGCUGAGCAAAAUGGGCGCCCAUGUCAUAGACUGCGACAAGGUGGCCCACGAUGUGUACGAGCCGGGUCAGGUGUGCUACAAGCUGAUCGUGCAACACUUUGGGAAGGGAAUUCUCUCUGCCGAUGGUCGUAUCGAUCGCACCAAGCUGGGUCCCCUGGUCUUUGGCAAUCCCCAAGAGCUGCAGGCGCUCAAUGGCAUUGUGUGGCCGCAGCUGAUAGAGGAGGUCAACAGGCGGCUGGAGGCCUUGAGAGCUGGCACCGUGGUGCCCAAGGUGGUGGUGCUGGAGGCAGCGGUGCUGCUGCGCGCUGGCUGGGAGAGCAACUGCCACGAGGUGUGGUCCAUGAUAGUGCCGCCAGAGGAGGCCGUGAAGCGGGUGAUGAAACGCAAUAGCCUCAGCGAGGAGGAGGCCAGAAAGCGGCUGUCCAGCCAGAUGCCAAACCAUGAAAUUGUGGCCAAGUCCCAUGUGAUCUUCAGCUCGCAGUGGGACUUUGACUUUACCCAAAAGCAGGCGGAUCGAACCUGGAAGAUGCUCAACAGUGAGCUGGACUCGCAUCACAGCAGCAGCCUUUAAAUUUGUGACUACUUCAGGGGAUAUAUUGUGGGAUGUGGAAUUGAUUAAUUGUUAAAUCGUUUUUAUAUGAUUCUUUAUGCAUUUUUGAUGUACAUUGCUUAGUUGUAAGUCGAAAGUUUAAAAAGAAAUGCCGCAAAAACA